AUGAAGUGCUAUGGAACUGCUGUAGAAGUUUCCGUUCCAAGGUUUACUCCGGCUCCAGUUGAUAUCUCCGGGAUGAACGUACAACACUACUCCGGGAUGAAUUUGAUACACGUAUCCGUCCUACUUCUCUCUCCGUUUCUACUUGAAGCUCUACCCUGGGAUAGACCUGCAAGAAACCAGGAUUGGAGUUCUCAGGUUGAAUUUUCGAUGGAGAUGAAUCCCUGUUUGCUUGCUAAAGAUAUCGGUCCCUGCAGGAUGGCCCUUCCGCAAUAUUUCUUUAACAACAAAACAGCACAAUGCGAAAUAUUUCUUUACGGAGGUUGUGACGGGAAUGAGAAUAGAUUUAGUGAUCUCGAGUCCUGUGAGAAUCAAUGUAUCUCAAAUCAGGAACAGAGAAAUCUUGAUGUUGACUUAAACACAGAAGAAGGCUAUACUGAAGUGAACACAUUUAUUGAAGAUAUUGAUACUGAAGAAACUGAAGAUAUUGAUACCCUUGUGGAAAACACAUUUGAAGAAAAGAACGCUGCUGCACUUGACCAAGCUGGAAGUGGUGUUGCUAAUGAUGCAACUGAGCUUGAUACAGAGGAAGAUCUCUCUGCUACAUUUGAAGAAGCUGCAAGUAGUGUAGCUAAUAAUGCAACAAUUCUUGAUACAGAUGAUGAGGAUAAUGAUGAGUUUGAUGAACUGCCAGAACUAGAACUUGAUGUUUGCAACCAGACAAGAUCAGUUGGAAACUGUAGAGCUAGCAUAUCUCGCUGGUACUUUGAUCCUCAGUCAAGUCUAUGCACUGAGUUCCUAUAUGGAGGUUGUGGAGGAAAUCAAAACAAUUUUGAAUCCUUGGAAGAAUGCAAUUUCAGAUGUGGAAAUUCGUUUGGUCUUGAGUUGAUUACUGCAGGGGGUAUACAGAACAAACAGAGUGAUUUAAAUGAGAUGAGUUCUACUAAAGAUGUACUUCCAAAACAGGAAUCUAAAUCUGCAAUUGGGACCGUGGUUUCUCUAGAUCAGAACAUAAAUUCAAAUUUGGAUUUUGAAGAUAAUUCUCUUCAUAACUGGAGCAUUCAAAACUUCGCUGUUUCAAAUAUUUCAGAAAUUGGCGGAGUAAGCAAUCCAGGCCAGAACGGACAAAGAAUUGGGAUAUUGCAGGAUCAGGCUGGGUUCCUGAGUAGAAAAGUUGAUAUUGCCGAGAACAGUCAAUUAGAGAUAGAGUUCUCAAUUGCAAUCAGCAUGAACGACACAAACUCUAAUAUUGAGCUGACCCUUCUCCUGCAGCCGGAGAAUACUGAUGGUCUGGAGGUGUUCCGCCUGGACCCGGCCAUGAACCUCGGCACCUGGAAGCGGUAUAGGUUCACCAUGAAGACAGUCUCCAUGAUACCGAACCUGUUGGUCGUCUUUGCAGCAAACUCACAGGGGCAAAACUUCCUCGCCAUUGAUAAUGUUUUUCUAAGUUGGCGGGAGAUAGUUAGCACAAGGGAAGUUGGAGAAGCUAAACCCGGAACCGGAGAAAUAUCUGAGACUUCUCCUUCUCCAGGUGUAGAGAACACAACAGAUCAAAACAAAGGUCAAGAAACAACAAUAGCAGAUGAAGAAACAACUACGAUCAUCGACGAAGAAACAACAAUAGCUGACGACGAUAUAACAACAAUUAUUGACGAAGAAACAACAACAAUAGUAGACGAAGAGAUAACAAUAAUAACAGAUGAAGAUAUAACAACAGUUAUCGAUGAAGAAGUAACAACAGCCAAUUCAACAACAGUUAAUGCUGAACAAACCAAUUCAACAACAGUUAAUGCCGAGCAAACCAAUUCAACAACAGUUAAUGCCGAACAAACCAACUCAACAACAGUUAAUGCCGAACAAACCAACUCAACAACAGUUAAUGCCGAACAAACCAACUCAACAACAGAACCAACUCAACAACAGUUAAUGCCGAACAAACCAACUCAACAACAGUUAAUACCGAACAAACCAACUCAACAACAGUUAAUGCCGAACAAACCAUUUCAACAACAGCUAACGCCGAAGAAACAACAACAGUUAAGGUUGAUUCCACCAGUUUACCUGGCCCCCUUUCGACCAUGUCCAAUUCUUCGUCCCAAAAUUUAG